CAACAAAUCUCUGCCAGACGAGCUGAUGAGAUGGCCUCAGGUGGACACCCCAAUCCUCGAAGACUUGCUGAUGAAUGACACCCUUGACACAGGCAUCUUUGUUCAGAACCAUGAGGAGAGAAGGUCAUCAAGUCAGCUCAGCAAUGGAUUCUCUGUCAAUUCAACCCCAGCAUAUCAAGGCAAAGAUUUCAGCUACUCUUAUCAAUUUCCACCAACCACAUGGAGCAGUGGAGAAGUCAGUGGUAAUCACAGCAACACCACCGCCAGCUGUCGAUACGUUGACAAUCCAUUUGCUUUCGGGAUGCCAUGGGAGAAGUCUCCAGCAGCACCACCUGACAUCAUGAGAUCUGCAUUCUCUUCAACUUCUUCAUCUGCCUCCUCCUCCUCCUUACCUCAGAUCAACUCAGGAUUCCAGGACCUCACCAUAUCUUCAGCAGCAUCCUCUUCAUCUCCCAUUGACUCAGGAUUUCAGGACUUUUCUGCCUCGGCCUAUCCUCCAGUGUUCCAGGAGAUGGAAGAUCUUCCAGACUCUGCCCCCAUGUGGACACCAUCGGAGUCCGAGAGCCAGCCACCGGUAGAAUUUGUCAACUUCAUGAAAGCAUAUCACACUUGGAUGAGGUACAAACAGAGGAAUUUUCCCAAUGCUCCCCGGACUCCCACAAUUCCAACUCCCUUUCAUAGCCAGGAAGACAGGGGAUGUGCCCUUUGUAAGAAGAACCGCAAGCCUCAGUCCUUCUACUCCACCCAUGUACUGAAGGAUAACAAUGGAGUGGUCAUUUGUCCAGUCCUGAGGGAAUUCACCUGUCCCAAAUGUGGAGCAACUGGGGACCGUGCCCAUACCCUUCGUCACUGUCCCAUCGCCAGAAAGGAAAACCACAUCUAGGAUUCAACUCGGGGAGAAAAGUGAUGAAGCUUAAAGGAAGUGAUCAAGCUAAGAGAAUGUGACUAUGAGUACAGAUAUCACUUGGCAUACUUAACAUUCCAUGAACUCUUACAAUUCAAACACCCUUUCAAGGCCAGACA